AUGUCUUUGUUCAGAGGUCUCUUGGGUGCCAAGAAGAUUAUUAAUUUUUCUGUAGCGGCUACAAGCAAAAGAACAGUUUCAACGCCAAAGGGGUUUCUUGCGGUGUAUGUUGGCGAAGACCAGGUCCAGAAGAAGAGAUAUGUGGUGCCAAUCUCGUACUUGAACCAGCCUUCCUUUCAAGCUCUGCUCAGAUAA